CCUUUAAACCUGUUAGUUUUCUUUUUCAGCUGAAGAGGAAGGAAGGUCGAAGGUGCAUGGGAAAACACAAGGUACUCGUAUGAGGUGGGAUCCUAGAUCUGGGGGUGAAAUUUUACUGGUUUUGACUCUUAUUUAUUCCCAUCUUGGCGCCACCCACCUUUUUAAAAGAACAAGAGAGAGGGUGGGAUCCUAGAUAUGAGGGUGAAAUUUUCGAUUCUCAGAAAGUUUAUUCGCUGAUACUUCUGUUGAAUUGGUUAAAGACAUGGCGUUGGAGCUGGUAGGGGGAGCUGUAUUGGGACUUGUGUUUGAACAACUCCGAAAGGAAGUAUGGAGGGUGAAGAACAACGUCGUGACGUUCAAACCCAAAUUGGAGGAACUUGAAGAAACACUCGAUUUUUUAUGUCCUGUCAUCGAAGAGAUUGAAGAACUAAACAGACGAUUGAAGGGACCAGAUUACAGAAGGGAAACUUUUGCCUUGAGGAGAUUGCUAGAAGAUGGUACGAAGCUUGUUUCCAAGUGCUCCAAAAUAGGAAGCUGGAACUUUCCCAAACAGUGUCAUUACAAGGAGAAGCUGAUGGAACUGGAUAACAAAAUCUUGAAGUUCCAUAACCUUCACAUGCAAGCUCAUAUGGCAAGGGAUCAAAAGAAGACCUUGCUAAUGGUGAACCACAUAUUCAUGUUUCUCAAUCUUCAAGGCUAUCCAAAUCUUACUAUGGGCCACACUGCCUUCUCCUCUUCCAACGAUUCUAUCAAUGAGACUUCGGUGCUUCUGCUUCGCAUCUUUUUCUCUUACAAAUCAGCUGAAUAUAUCGUUCUUGAGGGAAUGGCGGAGGAGUCCUCAAGUACGAGUAAUGGAGAAAUGCAUCGUCCUGGCCCCUGCCGCAUUGUAGCUGAGCCACAUCACGGCCUUGAUCUUCUUGUACAACUGGCUCGCUUGUUCCCAACAUCGACAGUAUUUGAAUGUUGUCGAGCUCAACUGGAAGUACUUGACAUAAAGUUAUUCACACAAAUUUCAACUCGAAAUUUCGUGCUGAGGCGGUCACAUCUCCUUUUACUAGAACCAACAAGUGGUUCAGAACAUGAGGAUGAGGAGAACGAGAAUGGUAGUGUUGGUUCUUCUUAUUCUUAUGAACCAACAAGAUCUGAUGAAAAGAUGACAACACAAAGUUAUCAGCCUCUGUUAGACUCCGAACAACUUCACACAGUCGAAGCAAAUAAUGCUGUUAAUUAG